GGCAUCCAGGCUCCAGGACCGUCCCUAGAACCCAGGGCGCAGCAGCCGCGGGGAUCAGGUGUUACGCGUGUCCGCAUUUAACCCGGGGUCCUGGAGGGGGCAGUUAGCAAAUUACCCCGGAUUAACCCGCCCGGGAUUAAACCAGCCCCCUCCCCUGGGGUGGGCACACGGCACUGUAGUACCAGGGGAUAACUGAGGCAGCCUGUCAGCGUGCUUCUCUAGGGUCUAUUUCAUUUGAUCAGUGUUGAGGGCCCAGACACGUGCACUUAGCUCAGGAUAACCCCCCUCGCCCGGCCUCCAGCUCCAGGGCCCCCCAGAACCAGGGCGGGGUCUGGGGGGAUCUCAGAGGCGUCUCCCACCCCAUACUCUUCCCUAGAAGAGAUCAGACCAAGAAGGCUUCAAGGGGGUAGGGAAGUGCCUUGGACACCUGGGUUCUCUCUAGGCAAGAGCUGCUAGACGUGGGAGCCCGAACACCUCGGUUCUUUCCCUGCUCUGGGAGGGGAGUGGAGCCCAGCUGAAGGGAGCCGGAUGCCAAGCCAGGACUCCUGGGUUCCCAACCCCUCGGCUUACCCCCGCGCGGGGCCAUUCACCCGCCAAGAGCUUGAAGAGCAGGGGAGGGGGCGACUUUCAGGUCGUCGCAUUUAGCCAGGGAGGAGCGCAGGGGAGGGCAGGCCGCAGCGGUGCGGGGGACCAGGACACCCGGGUUUUUUCCAGCCUGGGAGAGGAGCGGGGUUAGAGCAGGAGAGAAGGGGCUGUGAGCCAGGACGCCCAGGUUUCCUGAGAAGGGCUGGAACAUGGCGGGGGAGGCUGGGCGCCUGGGUUCCCCCUGCUUCAGUUGCCCGGACGCCGGGCUUCUCCGCUUGACUGCACGCACCUGCUCUCAGGUGAGCCCCUCCCUCGGGGCCUUGGCAGCCAGGUGUGCGCCCCGCCCAGGUGCAGGGGGGCGGUACCUGUCGGUCUCAGGUGUAGGGGGCGGGGCCGCGGGUCACGUGAGCAGGAGGAAGGGCGGGGCCGGACCGAAGGAGCUCGGGGAGGACGACCGACGAACGCGGCGGUUGGGGACCCCGUGGUCUUCCCCAGAAGCAGCUGCAUCUCACUGAAGGCUCGGCUACAUAUACCACCCUGAGAAGCUGAUUAAUUGGGGGGGGUCACUAUAUCCCCCCCCAGUCGGGGGUGAUGGCAGAACUGCCCCCGCUGGCCCUGCUGCUAGCAGCAAUGCUACAGACCAUAGUCCACCCAGCCCUGGGCCAAGAGGCCAACACGACCAGCAGUAACCGCACAGACGGUCCAGCUGCUUCCUCAGGGCUCACGGCAGGGGAGGUGGCAGCCAUCAGUGUGUGCAGCAUCUUCGGGGGGCUGCUGCUCCUGGGGCUCCUGGUCUUCGGGGUGCUGAAGCUGCGGGAGAAACGGCAGACAGAGGGCACCUACCGACCUAGCAGUGAGGAGCAGGCGGGUGCCCGCGUCGGGCCCAGCCCCCACCUCAAACUGCCCCCUGAGGAGCGACUCAUCUGAGAUCCUCCCAGACUUCUGCCCCCUCUUGGACUCCUGCCCCCCAUCUACGGGGAACCAUGCUGGGGCAGGGGACAGUUGCAGCUGCCUUGCUACCCUGCGGUGCUUCCUGGUGGCUGAAGCAAUAGGGGGGGGGGGCCCAGACAGCACCCCCUCUGGACUGGUCUUUAUUCCUGCAUCUGUCUGUCUGUCCUGCAGAAGGGGCUGGUGCUGGAUCUGCCCCCAUGAGUGUUCCCUGGUGGCUGAGCCCAAGAAGGGGGGUCCCUGACAGCCCCUCACCCCACACUGGUCUCUCCAGUGUCCCUUUGUCUGUCCAGGCUCGGGGUGGGGGUUGGACUUGUGCUCCCUGGUGGCCAAAGCAAUAGGUGGGGUCCUGCCCCUUGCCCACUGGACUGGUCUCUACCCCUGCUCCCCUGGGCACAGCCCCCUGUGUCUGUCUUGUGGGGGUAGGGGGUCGGGCUGAUGCUGCUCUAAUCUGUCCCCCCACUCCCCUCCCCUUCAAUGGCUUUGAAUGGAUGUUUAAUAAAAUCCUGGGUUUGGUA